AAUAAAGUUAUAUCAUGUAAUCACAUUCAAUAAGAAUCUUGGUUAAAUAAAUGUAAUUGUAAUCUGAUAAUAAUGUAAUCCGAUUUUUUCCUGAUAAAGACCUUGAUUAAGUUUUUGGUAAAGACUACGUUAUCAAAUCUUUCAGGUCCUGAUUGAAUACACCUAAUUAUUAAAUAAGGCUUACAUCACCAGUUCUUAAUCAGUCCCUAAUCCAUAUUAUUUCUACUCGGGAAGUAUGAUACAUACUAAACUUUAAUUAUUAUAUAUCAAUGAGUAAUAAGUCGCCUAACGGUCUAUAUCGAAUCUUAGUUAUAGAUAUAAUUUUAUUUUUGGUAAUUACUACAUCGCUCAGUAAUCAGGAUCAUAUGUUUCUUCAUUAUUCAAUUAAUUAUUAAAAUUAGAUCAGCGUAAACCAACAAUUACACACAGAAAAAAAUAAUAUAUUUAACGAAAUGUUCUUCGAUUUAAUUUACAAUAUAAAUUCUCCGUUUUUAAUAAGCAAAUGACGGCAGAUAUCUGGAGUAGUCACAGUCGUCGAUUCAUUGGUGUGACUGUUUAUUGGAUUACAUUGAAGCAUACGGAGAAUAGAAUCAAAAUGAAUAUCAGUCUGUGGAAACAGUGUUCUUUUGAAGGAAUUGUUUCUCCAUUAUUGCCUCCUCAUCAAAGAUGUGCCAGCCACACUUUACAUUUAGUUGCAACAAUUGAUAUCUUAAGUGAUAUCAAUUUAAUGGAAAAUAUUAAUUUGCUGUACAAUGAUGUUAUCAAUAAAUGUACCUGUUUGUGGAACUUGACAAGAUCUCCAAAAAAGCAUGAGAUCAUGUUCGAAGCUUUGAGAGAAGCACUAAACCGACCCAUUGCUACGCGGUGGACGUUGUUUAACUGUUUGAAACAACUCAUAAAGUUCAAAGAUAAACCUUGGAUCUUGUCUGUUCAACUGGAUAUUGCAGAUUCUUUCACAACGAGCGAUUUUAUAUUUAUAGAAGAGUACAUCAAAUGCACUGAACCAAUUGCAGAAGCACUUGAUAUUCUUUAGGAUUUUCGAAUUUGUUUAAUAUUGUCGAGGAAGGAAAGCAAGCAGCUGUAACGGCGGCAACUCAUUAGAAAUUCAAAAUGAGAUGGUUAUUGAAGUGCCUGUGUGAAACGGCUCGAGACAAUGCAAUGGUCGCCAUAAAAAAUGGACUAGGGGCAUGUUACAAUCAUUCAGUACAAAAUGUCACAGAGAUGGACAUAAGUAAUGAUGGAUUCGAUUUUGAUAACAAGGAUGGACAAUACUUUGAAUCGUAAAUGUAUAACCAGUUUUUCACAAUAAAGCCUCGAAUUUCGAAAAAAAAAAACGGCGGAAGCGAAGUUGUACACCAUACAAUUUGCUUAAUAUAAAUAAUAUUUAUU